AUUCCAUUCAACCACUUCUUCCUUCGUUUUCCUCCCUCGACCCGCCACACCUCCCAUUCACCGUCGCACGCAACCCUACUCUAUAGCCUCUUGUUCGAAUUUUUUCUAUAAUUUUUUGCUGUCUACUCGCCGAUCUAUACGUUUAUAUACCAUUCUCCCUCCCCAUUAUUAUCACCCACGCCUAGCCAGCUUUUUCCCGAUCCUUUCUUUCGCGGCCACUCAGGGGUCAUCCAUUCCUUGGCCUAGACGGUCUUUCUUGCUUGAAUCGGCGAUUUCCUUCGCUUAAUACCGUACGGCGGUCUCGCGCAGCCGGGUCGAGUUUUUAUAGCACCUGACAUUUCAGGCAACACCCGCGCAAAUUCACUAUGGCCGAUGAUCUGGACGCGGAGCUGCUCGCUCUGGCGGGUGACUCCUCAGACGAGGAGGCGUCCCCUCCCACAAAGCAGACAGCAGACUCUCCUGCUCCUUCUGCCUCUCCACGCUCACCAGACGCACCAUCUAGCAUGGCUCGCAAAGGUAUCGCAAAGCCUGCUCGACGUAGUCGAAAGUCGAGGAGAGAUGACGGUGAAGUGUCCGAUGGCGAGUCCCACGAUUCUCGGUCAGUCAGCAUGUCAGAGUCAGAUUCUGGUUCAGAUUCUGAGGGCUCAGCGCCUGGCGCUGAAGAUGAGGGUCCUAUAUUCCCUUAUGAUAAGCUCUAUUACUCGUCGAAAGACAAAGAGGACAUCAUGGGGAUGCCAGAAAUCCAGCGUGAACAGAUUUUGUCCGAACGAGCACAGCAAGUCGAUCGCCACAACCAGGACCUGGCUCUCCGCCGUCUUUUAGCGUCCCGUGAGCGUGAAGAAGCUCGCCAGGCGAAAAAGAAUAAGCGAAAGGCUAGUAUGGCAAGUCUCGAGGAUGGGCAGCGUAAGAGCUCGCGGCAGAAGACUACACUCGGUGGACGCAAGGUUGGAGAAGCGUCGGAUGCUAUAGAGGCCUACAAGAGACAGCGUGAACAGAAAGGGAAACGCGACGAACAGCGCCGCCGCGAUCCCGUCAAAGACCAGAGGUCUCGGACAAAGGAGGACAUCUCUGACGACGACGCAGAAGGAGAUAGUGAAGUGGAAUGGGAUGAUCGAGACCGCUCCCCAUCUCUCCCGAAGGACGACCCGCCUGCUGAACUCCGGGAUAUUCAGCGUACUCGUGUGGGCCGGAGCAACUUUGCACAAGUCUGUUUCUACCCUGGGUUUGACGAUGCCAUUUCUGGUUGCUAUGCUCGAGUCAAUAUCGGUCCGAAUAGGGACACUGGUCUGAAUGAAUAUCGCCUUUGUUUGAUUAAGAGAUUCAAUGAGGGACGGCCCUACGCUAUGGAAGGAUCAAACGGUCGGUCAUUCGUUACGAAUCAAUAUGCAGUACUCGCACAUGGCAAGGCAGAACGUGAAUUUCCCUUUAUUGCCUGCUCGGAUUCGCCCUUCAGCGAGGCCGAAUUCAGCCGUUACCGUCAAACUAUGGCCGUGGAAGACUGCAAAAUGGCAACCAAGUCAAUGCUCGCCGAUAAGGUCGCCGACAUCAACCGUCUAUUGAACCACAAGUUCACGAACGAAGAGUUGAACGAGAAACUGCGCAAGCAAGCGGGAGGAUUGGACUCGAAAACUCUGGUCUUCAAACGCAUGGAGACUGAGAAGAAUCUCCAGGUUGCCAAGGCUGCAGGCGAUGAAGCUGAGACUGAGAGGCUCCAGGCUAAGCUGAACGAACUCACAGGGCCAAAGCUCGCCUUUGGAACCACCGUUUCUAAGCCACGUGUUGAGAAGCAGUCUGAACAUGAGCGCCUUGCCGAGUUGAACCUGCGCAACCAAAAGCUCAAUAUUGAGAGCGUUCGCCGCGCACAAAUUGAAGAGAGGAAGGCUAGUCGAAAGGCGGCAGCCGCAGUUGCUCGAGGAGAGCAGACGGCAAACCCAUUUUUGCGGGUCAGAACUCACGCCAAAACCCACUACGAUGCCAAUGGCAACCCCAACACAGAUGAACCUAAGAGCAACGGUGAUGCCAGUCAGGAUGUAACCCCCAACGGUGGAACAACUACGCCCCGCCCAUCUGCCACACAAAAGAAAACGACCAAAGGUGGUGUCGCGGCCAUUCGUCACCGAAACAUGGAUGAUGAGAACAUUGCCGCUUUGGAUCUGGAACUAGACAUUGAGAUCUAGACGGUCAACACCCGACAGCCAGACCGCUGGUUGUCUACUCAUGUAUCAUAAGAUAAGGAUAAUCGGCCAAGAACUCUCAUGACCCGCCAACUGCUAUCAUUCGGCCAUUCAUUUCGACCAGGUUGAGCAACCGGCAUUACGAGUCCAUUCUUGCUGCAUUGACAUAAUUGGGAUGAUCUGAUUUUCGGCGCAAUACCAUUCGCAUGGGGUUUGUAUUAUUGAGCAAUGAGCAUUAAGAGCAAUAAAAUCUUUGCAUAGGCGGGAUGAAACGAUCUGUAACUACUUUAAGCAAUCUACAAUCUACAAUUCCAUCGGCGAUAAGCCCAUCUGUAAUUCUAAUCUCCAUCCAUCACGUGUGCU